AUGAAGAACACAAACACCAACACAAAACUCAUUCUUCUUCAUCCAUAUAUCCAAAAACAAGGAAACUCAAAUCGAUUAUGGCUUCUAGCAUUCAUAUCAAUUCUCACUUUAGCUUUCCUUGCAACACUCAUUUACACGAGAGACCGAGAAUCAUCCUUAAACAACACAAACACUUCCAUUAUUUCAUCUGUUAUUAGUACCAACGCUGUUUCUGCACCAUUACCGGCAACAGUUAUCAACACUCUUCUUCACUAUGCUUCAAAAUCCAACGACACAUACCACAUGACAUACUCAGAUAUCAAACCAAUCUCCGACGUGCUUCGAAAAUGUUCAUCGCCAUGUAACUUGCUGGUUUUCGGUCUCACGCCGGAGACGCUUCUAUGGAAAGCACUCAACCACAAUGGAAAAACAGUGUUCAUUGAUGAGAAUCGGUAUUACGCAGCGUAUAUAGAAGAAAAACACCCUGAGAUUGAUGCUUAUGAUGUUCAAUAUACAACGAAAAGGAGCGAGAUGAAAGAGUUAAUAGCUUCAGCUAAAGAGCAUGUAGCAAAUGAAUGUAAGCCAGUGCAGAAUCUUUUAUUCUCGGAUUGUAAACUCGGAAUUAACGAUCUUCCAAACCAUGUUUACGAGGUUGAUUGGGAUGUUAUAUUGGUGGACGGCCCGCGCGGGGAUUGGCCGGAAGCUCCCGGACGAAUGUCUGCGAUAUUUACCGCCGGCGUGUUGGCUAGAAGUAAGAAAGGUGGGAACCCUAAAACUCAUAUUUUCUUGCAUGAUUUUUCUGGUGAAGUGGAGCAGGUUUGUGGGAAUGAGUUUUUGUGUAAAGAGAAUUUGUUGGAAGCAAGUGGAAGUAUGGGGCAUUAUGUUUUGGAAAGGAUGAAUGAGAGCAGUGUUCAGUAUUGUAAAGGGUCUUCAUCAUCAACAUCAUUAUCCACUUAG